AUGGCGCGCAUCCAGGGCGACGAGCUGCCCACGUUUGCGCCGCCCGAGCUCGAGGGCAGCAUGGAUGUGUGUGCCAUCGUCGACAGCCACGUGCGCCACUCACCCGAGCAGCCGUUCGUCGUGUGGAGCGGCGCCGACGGCCGCGACUGCGUGCUCAAGGGCAAGGAGUGGUUCCCCGCCAUCUUCUAUGCCGCGCGUGUCAUCGGCCGCGAGUUUGGCGUCGACCUCGACGCCGGCGAGCGCUUCCCGCUGCACGAGCGGCCUAUCAUCGCCAUGCUCACCUCGGCGGAGCAUCAGCGCUACUACACGAUGGCGAUGGGCAUCAUCCGCGCCGGCGCCGUCGUCUUUCCAAUUGCCAACGGCAACUCUGCGCCGGCCAUCGCGAGCCUGCUCCGCGCGCGCAAGGUCGCAGCGCUCAUCGUCGAUCCCGACGGCCAGGCGCCGGAGCUCGCCGCCACGCUUGAGCGCGCGCUGGCCGAGGUCAAGGCCGACGACCCGCAGCACGAGAUCAAGCGCAUCGUGAUGCCGCCGUGGGACGACAUGUUCUCGCCGAAGCACCUCGAUGCACCCUUCCUGCCUCCCAUGCCGGUGCUGCCGAUGGACGCGCUCAUCCUCACGCUUCACUCGUCCGGCACCACGGCGUUCCCCAAGCCCGUCGACCUCAGUCUGCACAGCUGGCUGUGCGCCUCGCGCGCGCGCAACUGGCUCUCGAUGCCGUUCGGCGGCCGGCGCACCUUCCUCGGCGCCAUGCCGCCGUAUCAUGCGCUCGGCGUGCUGCUCUCGCAGUCCGUCACCAUGACGGCGGGCUCCACCGUUGCGCUCUCGCCGCCGAGCCAGGCCUGGCCGCCCUCGCCGGUGACCACCCUCAAGACAAUGGCGCAGCUCAGAUCGGACGUGACAGUCGUCGCGCCCAUCUUCUUGCAGCUCUGGGCGCAGGACGACCGCGCUAUCGAGGUGCUCAAGCGGAUGGACUCGGUGGGCUACGGCGGCGGGCCGUUGAGCGAGGCCGCAGGCAACAAGCUCGCCGAGCGUGGCGUUCGGCUGGCGAACAUCUACGGCUCGACGGAGGCCAUGGUCUUCACCAUCCUCGAGCCUCUUGAAGGCGGCAAGAUGUGGGCGUGGAGCAAGCGUGCACCCGCUGCAGACGUCAUCUACCGACCGACGGGCGUGGAGGGCGAAUACGAGAUCGUGCUCGCCGGAAACGAAAACUACCGGCCCUCGAUGUUCAACGACACGUACAUGGGCAAGAAGGUGUGGGCGAUGGGCGACAUCGUCGUGCUGCACCCCAAGGACGAGAACUACUUUAAGAUCAUCGGCCGCAUGGACGACCAGAUCAUGCUCUCCUCGGGCGAGAAGAUCAACCCUGCGCCGCUCCUGACGAUGAUCCAGGCCCACCCGUCGAUCUCCGGCGCCGUCUUCUUCGGCCGCGGCCGACCGUUCGCCGGCGUCAUCGUGGAGCCAGCGGGCGGCAAGACCAUCGAUCCCGAGGACGACGCCGCCAUCGCUGCCUUCCGCCGCGAGAUCUGGCCGGUUAUCGAGCGUGUCAACGCCUAUGCGCCCGCACACGCGCACAUCUGGCGCGAGAUGAUCGUCGUCGCCAGCCCGUCGAAGGCGUUCACGCGCACGGGCAAGGGCUCGCUGCGCAACGGCGCCAUCAGCAAGGAAUACGUGCCGGAGAUUGAGCGCGCCUAUGAACGCUUCGAGGAGGCCAGCGUCGCCGGCGCCGUCAGCGUGCCCGCAUAUUGGGAUGAGACGUCGGCGUACACGUACAUGCAGCAGGUCGUGGCUGGCGCUCUCGAGCGCGAUGUGUCGUCGCUCUCAGACGAGGCCGACAUCUUCCAGGUGCUCGGCGCAGACUCGCUGCGCGCCACGGUCAUCCGCAACACCGUGCACUCUGCGCUGUCGAGCAACACCGCGACCAAGGGCCUCCGCGUGCCUGCUAACUUCGUCUACGACCACCCGAACAUCCGCUCGAUGGCCGCCGCCCUGCUGAGCAUUGUCAAGGGCGACGACGACGGCAAGGACGCGGUGCAGCGCAAGCUGACGGCCAUGACUGAGCUGAUCGGCAAGUACACGGCGGCUUGGCCCAAGCACGUAGGCACGAAGCCGACGCCGCAGCGCGAGACUCUGCUCGUUACUGGUACGACCGGUGGUGUCGGCGCCCACAUCCUCGAGCAGGCGCUGAAGAGCGAGUCGAUCGAGAAGGUCUUUGCCGUCAACCGCCCAAGCCAGGCGCAGUCGAUCAAGGCGCGCCACCAGGCCACCUUCACCGACCGCGGCCUCGACGUCGCGCUGCUGGACAGCCCCAAGCUCUCGUUGCUCGAGGCACGCCUCGAGGACGGCCAGACCUUUGGCCUGCGGGACGACGUGUACGCCGCCCUGCGAGACGAGACGACUUGCAUCUAUCACGUCGCAUGGCGCCUUGACUUCAACCUCAGCCUGUCGAGCUUCGAGGGCAGCAUCGCCGCGACGCGCAGCCUCAUCGAUCUUUCGCUUGCCAGCCCGCUAGCGCGUCCGCCGCCCCUCAUCUUCACGUCCAGCAUUGGCACUCUCGCCGGCUGGAAGGAUCCGGCCAUCGCCGUACCGGAGGAGCCCCUGAACGAUCUCAGCAUCUCGCUCGGCGCCGGCUAUGGCGAGUCGAAGGCCGUCACCGAGCGCAUCCUCCUCGCCGCCGCCGAGCAGACGCCGAUCGACACGCUUUCCGUGCGUCUGGGACAGAUGAGCGGCUCCACCACUUCCGGCUGCUGGGCAGUGACCGACUGGCUGCCGCUCAUCGUCAAGACUGGCAGCGUGCCCGAGGUCGCCUGCCUGCCCGAGGCCUCCGACAGCAUCGCGUGGCUGCCUUCCGACGUCGCCGCCACGGCGCUGCUCGACUUCCGCUCCUCCAUCGGCUCUGAGCGCGUGCUGAACCUCGUGCACCCGCGCCCGGUGCCCUGGACCGCCGUGAUGAGUCCGAUCGCCGAGGCCUUGAAGGUGCCGCUCGUGCCGUUCGCCGAGUGGCUCGCGCGCCUCAAUCGCUCGCCCGAGACGCCCGAGGCGAUGGAGCGCAACCCGGCGCUCAAGCUGCGCGGCUUCUUUGCCGGCUCGCACGCCAAGGCACAGCGUACCGCUGCACUGCUGAAGAGCGCCGGAUCGACGGCUCAGCCCGAGGCCUUCACAGGCGUCACGCUCAGCACGACGAAGGCGCAGCAGCAGAGCAGCGUGCUGCGCCAGGCGCCGCAGCUCGGCCCCAAGGCGGCGCUGGCGUGGCUCCACUUCUGGCGCCGGAAGCAGUUUGUUCUCUAG